UUUCUCCGCUCAUCCAAAUUCUGAUGAGUCUUGUUUAGGCUGUACACACUAGUCAAUUACAACCACACUAUCGAUGGAGACAUCGGCACGAUUUGGUCCGGUGACCCACUCGACAGUUGGAAUCAGGUCUCGUGGAAGUUGUCUGCAUGGACGGAGACGACGCCUUACGUCAAAAUAGGGUGCGCACCUCUGAUAGGCGUAAGUGCGGUGGUAGGAUCCUGGGCCAAUGCACAAGAGAAGUAAUGACACCCCAACAUGUCAACGCAUGCGAAUACGAGAAAAUCGGGUCCGUCUUCCGGACAUCGGUCCUGCGCGUCAGAGAGGGUGCCACGGCUUCCAGCGGCGAUCACUAUGUGACAUGUAUCGGUCCGAUGAGCCCCUACAUGCGCUCAAGCGAUGAUUUUCGGAAGACGGUCCUUAGAGAAAAUUUAAGACACUCAAAUGACCUCGGAGGCUCCGCCGAUGAUUACGGAGACCGCCUAAUAUUCGCCAUGGGUCUUGAAGCCGGUCCUUCUGGGCGAAACUCGUCUCCCUUACCCUGCGCGUUUCCAGAGUCAUCAAGUCCCAAGUGUGUCGACGAGGCCUGGAAUUCGACGGCCAUUUCCAGUCAAGUGGAGACGCACGGGUGUGCAUUGGCACAAGAGCCCCCGACUCUGAAGAAAUUGCCGCAGUAUAUUAAUUGUACAUGCGAAGUUGGCGUCCUGGGUCUGGUUCAACCGGACCGGGUUUCCGUAUCGAUAUCCCGGACGCUAGUCGUAGGCUCCUGAACUCAUCUCCAACUCAUGUAUGGAGUCCCCGACGGAGAGUAGGGGGAUUCUAGCGCGACUCAAGGACCUGG